CGCGCCGCCUUCAUCCCUCCCCACCCUUGCCCCCAAAUCCAAAUCCGCCCGCCUGCCGCAGCUCCCAUUCUCGCGCCCCGCCUUCUUCCUCCAGCAGCCCCGCUCGUUCUUCCGGCCUCGCGUUCCGUCUCCGAAGCCGCAGGCAGCCAUGGAAAUCAACGAGGAGGCAAUGGCGGCGCAUAAGCGCGCCUUCCUCGACUUCCUCGACCAAGACGUCGGGAAGGGGGUUUACAUGCAGGCCGUCCGCGACAUGGUCCAGAACAAGCGCCACCGCCUCAUCAUCGGCAUGGACGACCUCCGCAAUCACAAUCUCGAUCUCGCCCGCAGGGUGAUCCGGACCCCCGGGGAGUAUAUGCAGCCGGCGUCGGACGCGGUGUCGGAGGUGGCGAGGAACCUGGAUCCCAAAUUUUUGAAGGAAGGGGAGCGCGUGAUGGUGGGCUUCUCGGGUCCGUUCGGGUUCCACAGGGUCACGCCCAGGGAUCUCAUGUCCUCCUUCAUCGGCACCAUGGUCUGCGUUGAGGGCAUCGUCACCAAAUGCUCGUUGGUUAGGCCAAAAGUUGUUAAGAGUGUCCACUUCUGCCCUGUGACUGGGGACUUUCUCUCGCGUGAAUACAGGGACAUCACAUCUUUUGUAGGCUUGCCUACUGGCUCGGUUUAUCCAACAAGGGAUGACAAUGGUAACUUGUUGGUUACCGAGUAUGGAAUGUGUGAAUACAAGGAUCACCAGACAUUGUCCAUGCAAGAAGUGCCUGAAAAUUCUGCACCUGGACAGCUCCCAAGAACUGUCGAUGUUAUUGUAGAAGAUGAUCUUGUAGAUUGUUGCAAACCUGGUGACCGUGUCUCAAUUGUCGGUGUGUACAAGGCUCUACCAGGGAAAAGCAAGGGAAGUGUUAGUGGUGUCUUCAGAACUGUCCUUAUCGCAAAUAAUGUGUCGCUUCUUAACAAAGAGGCAAAUGCACCUGUCUACACUCGGGAAGAUCUGAAGCGGAUGAAAGAAAUAUCAAGGAGAAAUGACACCUUUGACUUACUGGGAAAUUCUCUUGCUCCAUCCAUAUAUGGUCAUCUAUGGAUAAAGAAGGCAGUAGUACUGUUGAUGCUAGGUGGUGUCGAGAAGAAUCUAAAAAAUGGAACUCACUUGAGAGGAGAUAUAAACAUGAUGAUGGUGGGAGAUCCUUCAGUUGCCAAGUCCCAGCUCCUAAGAGCUGUCAUGAACAUUGCCCCUUUGGCUAUCUCAACAACUGGCAGGGGUUCAUCUGGUGUUGGUUUGACUGCUGCUGUGACUUCUGAUCAAGAGACUGGGGAGCGAAGGCUUGAAGCUGGUGCCAUGGUUCUUGCUGAUCGUGGUGUUGUCUGCAUUGAUGAGUUUGAUAAAAUGAAUGAUCAAGAUCGAGUUGCUAUUCAUGAAGUUAUGGAACAGCAAACUGUAACCAUUGCAAAGGCAGGAAUACAUGCCUCACUAAAUGCAAGAUGUAGUGUAAUUGCUGCAGCAAAUCCAAUAUAUGGAACUUAUGAUCGUUCAUUGACACCAACAAAGAAUAUCGGGCUUCCGGAUUCACUGCUUUCCCGUUUUGAUUUACUUUUUAUUGUUCUUGAUCAAAUGGACCCUGAGAUUGACCGGCAAAUCUCAGAACAUGUUGCCCGAAUGCAUAGAUAUUGCACUGACGAUGGAGGAGCAAGGUCUCUUGAUAAAGAGGGAUAUGCUGAAGAAGAUGAUGGUGAUGCUAAUGCAGCCAUUUUUGUCAAGUAUGAUAGAAUGCUCCAUGGUCAGGAUAGAAGAAGAGGAAAGAAAUCCAAGCAGGACAGGCUAACUGUCAAAUUUCUGAAGAAAUAUAUUCAUUAUGCGAAGAACCUUAUUCAACCAAGGCUCACUGAUGAGGCAUCUGAUCAUAUUGCAACCUCAUAUGCUGAGCUCAGGGAUGGUAGUGCAAAUGCAAAGUCCGGUGGAGGUACACUUCCAAUUACAGCAAGGACACUGGAAACCAUAAUUCGUCUAUCGACAGCUCAUGCCAAGAUGAAACUGAGGCAUGAGGUUCUGAAAUCCGAUGUUGAGGCUGCAUUGCAAGUUCUAAAUUUUGCAAUAUACCACAAGGAAUUGACUGAGAUGGAAGAGAGAGAACAGAGAGAAAUGGAGAUGAAACAGCAAGCUGAUCAUGAUGCAGGUGCAACCGGUGGCACUGUGGAUGGGCAUGGAAGCUCUGGCAAUGAUCCAAUGGAUGUGGAUGUAGGAUCAAAUGAUCAGAAUGUUUCCGCAGAGAGAAUUGAAGCAUUUGAAGCACUUCUGGGUCAGCAUGUGUUGGCAAACCAUAUAGAUCAAAUGUCAAUUGAUGAUAUCGAGCAGAUGGUUAAUAGGGAGUCAACUGCACCUUACACCAGAAGCCAAGUAGAGUUUAUUUUGGAGAGGAUGCAAGAUGCAAACAGGGUAAUGAUACGAGAUGGUGUUGUUCGAAUCAUAUAACUACCAGUCUACCAGGACGUUUACCUGUGGAUCCCAUGGUCAUGCUGUGUCAUGGUGCCUGUCUGUCUGUCUGUAACCAACUUAUAUGUCGAAGUAUUUGUUUCUUAGUGUUUGUCCACAAAGGAUUGAGGCAAUCAUUGCCCCCCUUGGUACUUUUAGUUCAUGUGAUGUAUUGCUUACUUACCUGACCUAGUGAUAUCUAGUACUCAGUCACGUCUGGUUGUGUUCGAGUUAAUUUGCAAAUGCAGUUGCAUUCUGACGAGU